CUUGGAUCAGCCAUGGCCAGCAUAACGCUCAAAAUUUCUUCGCUCAUUAUUCGGACGCUUUCGAAGCCGAUUGCUAAUCAAAUUAAAGCACAAGCACGCGAACAUGAGCGCUUCCGCCGUAUAUGCAUAUCUUUUGCUCAGAUGCUCCACCGAGCGGAUAUGCGACUUCGACUAGGCCUACUACACACCAACGCUCAGAUACAACGGCAAGCUACUCGUGGAGUGGCGGAAGCGCAUGCUAAGAAACGGAAACAUCAGGUUGCAACCGUGAAGACCGAAGCCCAGGUGCAAGCAGAUGAAGCGGCUGCGGCAAGAGAGCAAGAAAAGAACGCUGAGCCUCCAAAACCACCUCCAACGCCACGGAUACGACCCCUUUCUGAUGCAAAGGCGAUUGAUACCGGAGCAAAUUUUAUAAGUGAGGCCUUUCUUUUCAUGGUUGCUGGUGGUUUGAUAGUGUUCGAGUCUUGGAGGUCCCGAAGAAAGGAGACGUCGAGAAGGGAGGAUGUGGCAGAACGCCUCGCCGAGCUAGAAGAAUCGGAAAGGACCGCCAGGUUGGGCCUUAUUGCCUUGGAAAAAGAGGUAUUGAAGCUACGGGCUCAGGUUGAGAAAAAGACUCACAAAGAUUUGCGGCCGGUCCUGCCGGAAGCCAUCCGUAAACUCGACGAAGAAGAAGAGCCUGAUGAGCCCCCAAGUCUGUUCGGGAGGUUUAAAGCCAACUUUUGGUGGCUUCAGAAGGCUGCUUGGAGAAAGAAUUCAUCAGAGUCUGAUCCCACCAUCUCAACUUCUCCGGGAGCUUCGUCAACAUCUCAACCCAAGUCAAGUACAUCUUGAAAAGAGCCAGGGAAAGGGG